AUGAGUGCUACUUCUGCAAUAUCUACUACCUGUUCUUCUAAGACGGGAACAUCUCAGGAAAAUUUUCAAUAUGAGGGACAAGCUAUUAAUGAAGAUGACAAUGUUAUGUAUGAUUUAGAGACGAUUCCGCGGUUGUAUGAUCAAGCUGCAUUGAAUGAUUCAGUCAGGGAUUUAGAUCUAUCAAAAGAAAAAGCUGAACUUUUAGACUCUGGAAACAAGGCCGAACUUAUGAAGAGAUAUUUAGACGCGGGAGGUGAUGAUAUGGAUGCAGUCGAGCAAUAUGAAGAGUCAGAUGAACACAUAGAAAAAACAUAUACUUUGGCAGAGGAUGGGCAACGACAUACCGUUCAAGCUCCGGUUGCGAACGCAUCUGUUGAGGCAAGCGCGAAUAACAUAACAAGAUUAGAAAGUUUGAUAAAAGACCAAAAAAUAAUGGAUGAGAAACUGCGAAAGGAAAUAAGCAAGUUGAUGCUAAAAAAAAUGAAUCUACAAACAGAUUUCGAUAAUGCAAUCGCCGAGAUAGAAAAAUUGGAAAAAGAAAUCUCCGAAAGAGGGAAGAAGAUAAAAGACAUCAAGAACGAGCUUAACAGAUCAAAAGAGGACAUCGCCAAAUAUAAACAUGAAAAGGAUUUGAUAGACAAACGAUUGCUGAAAACAGAAUCUGAACAAUCUAAACUGAAGCGUGAAUUAAAGCAAACUCUGAUUAAUUUCAAGAAUGUUGAAAAUGAUGCUCAAACCUGUCACAAGGAACAAAUCGAGGACAAGCAACGUAUCAAAAAUCUUUUACGAGAAAAAAAUAACAUUGCUCUUAGCAAAGAGACCGCAUAUGAGCGAAUCAAGCAAUUAGAUCACGAACUAUCAUUAUGUGGACAUGGCAAAAAAAGGAUAGAACAUGAAUUGGAUACACUGACACAAACUAUCAAUGACAUGAAAACACAAAUAGAAGCUGUAGAGAAAGAAAGGGAUAGAUGCAGUACAACAGCACAGGGAUUAGAACAGAAGUUGGAGAGUCAAAUAAGCGAGACUAAACAAAAACAUGUGGAGAUAUUAGAUUACAAGAAGCGCUUGGAUGAUGCCGAAAUAAAGUACCGUCAACAUCAAAGUCUAUUCGAAGCUGUCCGUGCGGAGCGGAAUCUGUGCAAUAGAAAUUUGAUAGAGACGCAGGAGGAGGUGCAAGAUUUAAAGAGCAAACUGAAAAUUACAAGCCAACAGACUGAGCAAUUGAAAGAAGACAUUGCGAUGAAGGAAGCCAAUCUUGUCAAAAAGGAAUUUCUGUUAAGGAAAGUUGAGAAAGAGAAAGAAGAUCUUAAGAUUGAUUUGCAAACUUCCCAUACGGAAAUAAGCAAUUUACGACAACAAAUCGAAGAAGCAAAGAAGGAAGAAAAGAACCUCAGACAGAAUAUACAACAAGCAGAUUUAGAUAUUAAACGUCAGAAAAAAGAUAUUGAUAACGUUAUGAAUGAGCGCGACAUACUCGGUUCACAAUUGGUCCGAAGAAAUGAUGAACUGAGUCUGCAAUACAGCAGGAUGAAGGUCUUGAAUAGAACAUUACAAUGUGGCGAGAAGCAAUACAAUCAAAGGUUAGAAGAUAUUCGAUUACUCAAGUUCGAACGAUUUGCGUCAAGAAGUUUUUUAUCUAAAUCGUAA